AUGUCUUCCGCCGUCCAGCAAGCCAAUGGCUCCCCUUUACUACGGCCCCGGGCCGUCCCAGGGGCAAAGAAGAUCGAUGAUCCGACUUUGACUCCUCCCCUGGAUAAACUCGACUCGAGUGGCCGCUCAACCCCCGUCCCCGAAGAUGCUCCUCCCUCCGUCCAUUCGAUUUCCACCGCCAGGAAACAGGCUCGCGCACGGUCUCGAAUCUUCUAUACUAUCGAUUAUGUGCCCCGUGUAUCCCACUUCGAUCCGCGGAGCGAGUACCGCAACUUCCGUGGCUUCUAUACCUUGUUUUGGAUCGCAUUGUUCAUAAUGGUCGUGACGACGAUGUUGCGGAAUAUAAAGGACACGGGUUAUCCCCUGAGGAUCAGAGUGUGGAGUCUUCUGUCAGCGAAUGUUUGGUCACUCGGCUUUAGCGACGUCGCGAUGGUCAUCACGAGCGCGGUGGUCCUGCCGCUCCACCGCCUAAUACGGAAAUGCGGUGGCUUUAUGCGCUGGGAAAGAGGCGGCAUGGUUCUGCUGAGUAUCCUUGAAGCUGCAUGGGCUGUGUUGUGGAUCAACUGGCCCUUCAAACUUCAAUGGACCUGGACCGCUCAGGUGUUCUUCACUCUCCACACGCUGACCAUCCUGAUGAAAGUCCACUCCUAUGCCUUCUACAAUGGGCAUCUGAGCGAAACAGAGCGCCGUCUUUCCUCGCUCGACAAGCCGGGAAAAGUGUCACUGGAAGCUCCAGUUCCCUACCCAGACGCGUCUCCGCGCCGACACUCAACAACAAGCCGACGCCAAAGCCACCAUGCGCGCACCGAGUCAAUCGCAGAACUACGCGAAGACCUGGCCACAGAGCUCACCUCUCCAAUGGGCAACGUCACGUACCCGCAGAACCUCACCGUAGUCAAUUACGUCGACUUCAUAUUCUGCCCCACCCUUUGCUAUGAGCUGGAAUACCCUCGAAGCAAGGAAAGGCAAUGGAUCGAAAUCGGCCUGAAGACGCUGGCCGUCUUUGGAUGCAUCUUCCUCUUGACCCUGACGAGCGAGGAGUUCAUCCUCCCCGUCUUAACUGAAGCCAACAUCCAACUACACAGGGUGACCAGCGUAACCGACAAGGCCCUGAUCCUCGCUGAAACAAUCAGCAUGCUCCUGUUCCCCUUCAUGAUCACAUUCCUGCUUGUCUUCCUCGUCAUCUUCGAGUACGUUCUGGGCGCAUUCGCCGAGCUAACCUGCUUCGCUGAUCGACACUUCUACUCCGACUGGUGGAAUUCGUGCGAUUGGCUCGAAUUCUCCCGUGAAUGGAACAUCCCCGUCCACCACUUCCUCCGCCGCCACGUCUAUUUCCCCUCCUUAUCGAACUUCUCCAAGCCCGUCGCCAUGUUCAUCACCUUCCUCGUCAGCGCCAUCGCCCACGAACUCGUAAUGAGCUGCAUCACCAAGAAGCUGCGCGGCUACGGCUUCCUCGCCAUGAUGCUCCAGCUGCCUAUCGUCGCAGUCCAGAAAUCGAAGUACUUCCGUGGAAAGACCACUCUGAAUAACUCCUUCUUCUGGUUAUCUAUGAUUUUCGGUCUAUCGUUGAUGUGUGCGCUUUACGUCCUCGUCUAA